UUGGGAUAUGCAGCUGGAUGAUCAGCCGGAAAGCGAGAGGUUUUUUGAGCCGGAAUUGGUAAGUGCAUUGCAGAAGAGGCUAUGUCAGAAUAUGAGGUCGGAGAAGGGCGACAUCAGCGAGAAAGAAAAGACCGAGGAGGCGGGUGGUGCAUCAGGAGUCAGUGAUGAGGCAGACGAGUCAAGAUCUGCUCCUAAGAAGGCUAGAGAUAAACGAGGAACCUCAGAUGCGACUCCAAACGAAAGAAAGAAGAGAGCGAGAAUUGGACUGGUUGAGAAAGGAAGGAGCAAGUAAGAGCAGCAACUGGGAGUGAGAGAAAAAAAGGGGCCGUCAAGGAG